AUAAGCAGAAGGGUCCAUGGUGGGUCUGACUUCUUCCUCUCUCGGCAGUCCCCUCCCUACAGUUCUGGCAGCUAUGACUCGGUCAAGACGGAGGUCAGCGGCUGUCCCGAAGACCUGACCGUGGGCAGAGCUCCCACUGCCGACGAUGAUGACGACGACCACGACGACCACGAGGACAAUGACAAGAUGAACGACUCGGAGGGCAUGGAUCCCGAGCGGCUAAAGGCUUUCAAUAUGUUUGUGCGUCUCUUCGUGGACGAGAACCUGGACCGGAUGGUGCCCAUCUCCAAGCAGCCCAAAGAGAAGAUCCAGGCUAUCAUCGAAUCCUGCAGCCGGCAAUUCCCGGAGUUCCAGGAACGAGCUCGCAAACGCAUCCGCACUUACCUCAAAUCUUGCCGUCGCAUGAAGAAGAACGGCAUGGAAAUGACUAGGCCGACCCCUCCUCACCUGACCUCAGCCAUGGCCGAGAACAUCCUGGCAGCUGCUUGUGAAAGUGAGACACGGAAAGCAGCCAAGCGGAUGCGGCUCGAGAUCUAUCAGACGUCACAGGACGAACCAGUCACCCUCGAGAAGCAGCAGUCCCGGGACUCCUCCACCUCCGUCACGCAUUCGUCCUACUCGCUGCCAGCCUCCUCCUUCUCCCAAGACCCCGUCUACAUCAACGGGAGCCUGAACUACAGCUACCGCAGCUAUGGGACGCUGGGAAACACUUUGCAGCCGACUCCUUCCCUCCAGACAGGAAAUCACAGUAACGGUAAGUCAGAGUAG